AGGAAGCAGCCAAACGAGAGGCGCAGGUCUGGGGCCGGCGGCAGCGUAGCCCGUAGCCUCUCUCUGUCCGGGCUCUCAGUCGGCGAACCCGCCUCCAGAAGCUGGGCGGGUGUCAACGCCGAGUCCAUGAUCACUGAGGCGGCUUCCUCGGCCUUGGUCGUCAGGGCCUCAGGCCUGACCGCGGCCUCUGGCUCCUACCAAGUCUUCUGCAAGGGACUCGCCCGCACUCUGCUUGCCUUCUUCGACUUGGCCUGGCAGCUGCGCAUGAACUUCCCAUACUUCUACGUCGCGGGCUCCGUGAUCCUCAACAUCCGCUUGCAGGUACACUUUUAGAGCCCUGAUUAAAUUGCAGGCGUGAUGGCGGACCCACCCGAGGCCUCACAGCUAACUGGAGCUACUCCCAGUUACCCCCGGGAAGCCCUGUGGUCUCGCGAUAUUCCCAGGCGGCUUUGCUCUCCUGAUGGUCGCGGAUUGCUUGCUGGGAGGAGAAAGGAGUUAUGCGAUUCCGGAAGAAGAGAAUUUAAAUUAAGACCCACGGAAAUAUUUAAGAAGACGAGCAACCUUAAAAUAGAAACAGGAGAAAUUUAAGGAUGUGACAAAGGGCAGAGGAUGCAUUAUAAAAACGGAAGGCUGCUAAACUUUUUAGAAAAAAAUUUUUUAUGUGUGCAAGAAACUCAUGGUCCAAACCAUAAGGAAACCAGUACCCUUCAGGAAUUUUGGAUUGUUUUGUAAGUAAUACAGUGAAUGAGGAAGAAGAGGAAGAGAUUAAGGGUACGAUGUGGUAGCAUUACAUUUCUUCAUCCCACAAGAGUAAAUAUCAACAAUCAAACUUCAGGUGAAAAACAAACCUGUACCGGAGAGGCAUUCUCCAAAUACCAAGCAAAGUAAAAUGCUGCGGGAUAUCUAACAAUGGUG